UCCACUUCCACUUCCACUUCCACUUCCACUUCCACUUCCACUUCCACUCCCACUUCCACCCCCACCCCCACUCCCAUUCGCACGCCAACAUUUUCCGUCAUGUCGGAACCUUUGACAAAAGUUCUCGAGGGCGUCCAGACCCACUUUCAGCGCUACGAAAACCCUACCAAGAAGCAGGAAGACACCUUACGAAGGAAUCUACCCGAGUUUAAGGAAAAGUCACACGAUAAAGAGUCAACGUGGUUCAGGCAUGAAAGAACUCGAAAAAGGUUAAAAUACGUCGAAACUGAACUCGGUAUCCCCGCGAAGUAUUUCUUGAUGCUUGCAAUUCCACCUACUAGAGUUGCAGCGGAGGAUAUGAAGUUAUUCUGUGAUUGGUGGAAAGAACGCGAUAUCCCCGAAAACUUCCACAAAUGGUUCAAAAGGACACAAGCGUCUGAUCAGAGCGGUGCGUUUGUCAGACAUGUUUCUAGUUCCACACUGAUCGGGGUAGCAGAUCAACAGCUUGUACCUGAUAUCGAGACGAGUGACGGAUCCGGUUAUGCAAUCACUAGCGAAGACAGAAUCAUAAAAGCUGUAAAGGCUUCUAAGGGUGCUAUGUUAACAAUGCCUAGGCCUGAGGGCGCAAACCCAUUUUUAACUAUUACUUGCACAGAGUCCACGGCGUUAUAUCUGUUAGGGCAAAUAGAGCAGACAGAAGAAUGAGAUAAUAAGUAUGCUAGCGC